AUGGAACCUGUUCCACCAUCUCCAAUUACAUGGCCAAAUGGCGGCGGUCUCACCACCGAGUGGGUGCAUGGGCUUAUGUCGUCUUUCGAAUGGUCUUCAUGGAACCUCCUUCCUUCCCAGUUACCUUCACUGAUGCCAGUCAAUGUCUUUGAUUCUCUCGUACUCACGGCUUCCAAAAUCCUCCACAAAGAGCGUAACUGUGUUCACAUCGAUGAUAUUGACUCUGAUUCCGCAGUUGUUGUGGUUGGUGACAUUCAUGGUCAGCUCCAUGACCUUCUUUUUCUAUUGAAAGAUUCUGGCUUUCCUUGUCAAAACCGGUUUUAUGUAUUCAACGGAGACUAUGUGGAUCGUGGUGCUUGGGGACUCGAGACCUUCCUCGUCCUCUUGUCCUGGAAGGUUUUGAUGCCGGACCGAGUCUUCCUUCUUCGUGGUAAUCAUGAAUCGAAAUACUGUACAUCUAUGUACGGUUUCGAACAGGAAGUGCUUACAAAAUACGGCGACAAGGGAAGACAUGUGUACCGUAAAUGUUUGGGUUGCUUUGAAGGUCUUCCUUUGGCUUCCAUAAUUUCCGGACGUGUUUAUACAGCACACGGAGGGCUUUUCCGCAGCCCAGUCUUGCCUAAAAGAACAAGGGGAAAGAAGAACCGUCGGGUACCCCUUCUUCCACCUGAACCAAGCUCGUUGAAACUCGGUACUUUAGAAGAAUUGAAGCAAGCUCGAAGAUCAGUUCUUGAUCCUCCUUGGGAAGGUCCGAACUUGAUUCCCGGAGAUGUUUUGUGGUCUGAUCCAUCAAUGACUCCCGGACUUUCGCCAAAUAAAGGGAGAGGCAUUGGUCUUCUUUGGGGUCCCGACUGUACAGAGGAGUUUUUGAAGAAGUUUGAACUAAAGUUAAUCAUCAGAUCACAUGAAGGUCCAGAUGCUAGAGAGAAGAGAGAUGGUCUAGGUGCUAUGGACAAAGGAUAUACGAUAGACCAUGAGGUCGAAUCUGGAAAGCUUAUCACUAUUUUCAGUGCUCCAGACUAUCCGCAAUUCCAGGCAACAGAAGACAGGUACAAAAACAAAGGAGCAUAUGUUAUAUUGAAGGCUCCUGAUUUCUCUGAUCCUCAAUUUAGAAGUUUCGAAGCAGUUACUCCGCGACCAAAGGCGAAUCCUUAUUACGAUUUUGAAAAUGUGAUUGAUUCUGAUGAUGAGAUGGAUAAGUCAGCAAUGGACACCAACGACGAACAACCAAAUCACUGA